AUGAAGGAUAUAGACCUACACGACAAUAUUCAAGUGGCAGUGCCAAGAACAAAGAGAAGUAAAAGGCAACUGAAACCUGUGGCAGUACCAUCUUUGUUUUCUUGGCAGAAAGAAGAAUCUCAGGCUGCCAAGAACAGGUCAAACAGAGCAAGAAGGCGUAGUGAUCGCGGUGAGCAACCCCAACCCAAUCCUGAAGUUGUAUUUGAAGGUGUUGAUGUGACAGAGGAAAUUAUUGAGGUAGACACUCCAGAUAUUGUGCUGGAAGCUACUAGUGCACCAACCACCCUAGGUGACAGUUCCACACAGACUCCCUUCUACCCUAAACUUUCUAUUGAGGAGCUGAGCACCAAUGAUAAAAUGCUAAACUAUUACACAGGAUUGCAGAAUCAUGAACAUUUUGUCUAUGUUUUAUCAACACUAGGCCCUGCUGCCUACCACUUAAAUUAUAGGUGGCGAAAACCUAUCAAUAUUUCAGUUGAAAAUCAGUUACUAUUGACUUUAGUUAAACUUCGCUUACAUUCUCCAAACAAAGAAGUUGGAUUUUUAUUUGGCAUAUCAGAAUUUUGUGUGAGCAAUAUCUUUGUCACGUGGGUCAAUUUCAUGUAUUUUGAGUGGCAAAAACUUGACAUCUGGCCUGUCAAAGAACUUGUUGACUUUUAUAUGCCUCAGGACUUCAAAGAUAAGUUCCCUACCACUAGAGUCAUUAUAGAUGGAGUUGAAAUGCCCAUCAAGAAACCCAGCAAGCCUGUUGCCCAGCAAGUAACUUUUUCUACGUACAAAAACAAGAACACCAUCAAGACUAUCGUUGGUGUGACUCCUGGUGGGAUGGUUUCACACAUUCCCCCUGCCUAUGGUGGCUCUGCAAGUGACCGUUUGUUAAUAGAGCGAGACAACAUCCAUGUCAAAUGCCAGCGUGGGGAUUCUGUGAUGGCAGAUAAAGGAUUUGAUAUACAGGACAUUUAUGCUCCUUAUGGUGUAUUAGUGAAUACUCCAACUUUUUUCCGAAAUAAGAACCAGUUAUCAGGAACUGAAAUUCUCCACGAUAGAAAAAUUGCCAGUAAACGUGUUCAUGUUGAGAGACUGAUUGGUCUGGCCAAAACUUAUAAUAUAAUGAAGACCCCAUUAAAUGACACUGAAACUGCAUUGGGCACACAGAUAGUGUUUGUGUGUUUUAUGCUUGUAAACUUCAGAAACUGCAUUGUACCCAAAACAGCAUAG